GAGAAACAAAAUCUGAAUUGACGUCAACUGAAAAUGAGGUAUUUCAAAGUUAAUUCUCGUCGUUUCCGUUACGAGAACCCUUCAAAUAUAUCCAUUGUUGUAAGCUGUUAGAAUAAAUGCGCUGGCAGUCUGGCAGCUCAGGACUAAAUUUCAAGAAUGCAACAAUGUCGUUUGACCACGUUGGUGCUAGCGUCUACAAAAACGAAAGUAUAUUUUCACGUAAUAUUCUCUAAUAUUUUGAUAAUGGGUUUAACACGAAUGCCCUGGUUUAACAAAGCGGAACUGAUGUCUAAUGUAUAAAAAGAGUCGUUGCGAGUGAAGAUUACAUUUACAGUCGAAGAGAACAACAGCCGUAUAGGCCUGGGAUAUAUGCAAGUUUGUUUACACCGCAUCUGGACACCAACAACAAUACUUUUGAAUCCGUUGGCAUCAUAACAAUAUAUAAAUACACUUGUUCAGCAAACGACAAAGUGGCAACAUCAGAAAUGUUCAAAAAUUCAAACUCAGCAAUUGCUAUGCUUGUACUGCUGCAGCUGCGGAUUUCUAUGUGCUCACCCCGUCGGGCUUCAGAAACAAAUGCUCGCUAUAUAUCUACAAACAAUAUUAAAGAGUCUGCAGGUCGGCCAAUGUAUCGAAAAAUCAGUAGAAAAAUGGCUGAUUGCGAUUCUAUUGUUGACUCACCAGUUCACUGUCCUUAUAUUGAUGGAUACUCCACUCAUCCCCAUGAAGAAAAUCAUGAAAUAAGCGUUUCGCCGUGGAUAACAAAACUUGAUAUUGAUCCUACUCGAUUGCCAGAAACUUUUCCAGUUGUAUGCUGUACUUGCCGAUAUUGUGUGGAUUUGUCAACAGGAAUUCCGAAGCCUAUGCUUGAUCAUUACAGUGAAGCCGUCUACGUAAAACAUGAGGUUCGAAGAAUGGAGGAUGGGUUUCGAUUACGAUACGUCAAACUUGCCGUUGGAUGUACAUGUGUUUACAGACCCAUAUUCCCCUAAUCGAUUGUAAUUACCAAGUCAGGAUUUCUUUUUUAUUACUGUAUAUAUUUUUUAUUUCCAUUUUUUCUGCUUUAGACUAACAUUAUAUUUGUACAGUAUCUUAUCUAGAGCUCAAUACUAGCGCUUGACACCUAUUUUCGUAUUGUUGACUUUCUGACGCGUCUGUCGAAUAAAACUUUGACUUCUGUUGAAUUUUACAUAUGCUACUUCAAUUACAGCAACAAUUAUGUAUAAUCUAACUUUAAGUUUUCAACGUUAAAUUGUGUUCAAGAAAUGUUUAAGUUUUGUGUAUGAUUGAUUUUGAUAAAAAUGAGCACGAAGAUCUUAAACCAUUUUUCUAUCGACAGCAAGUUAUAUUUAUUGUUCCUAUAUUUCGAAUUUUAUUUUACCAG